AUGUCUGACGCCGACCCCGAAGUCGUUGUAGCCCUUGUGGCUCUGCUGGUGUCUCUGGUCGCCCUGGCAGCCACUUUCAUGCAGGUUAUGCAACAGUACUACGCUUCUGCGGCAGGAUACGCCGAAUGCAAUGAGAAGGUGAUGGGGAAAUGGGCACUGACAAAAACUCGCCGCUUCACUUGGGACGAGCUUCGCUUUGAGGUCGAAUUUGAGGCUCCUGUCAUAUUUGUCUCGCCUCCAGACAACAAGCAUGGCCCCAUUCGUGAAGCCGAGAUCUAUUUCCUCGAUGGGAGCCCACAGAGUCUCGACAAUACAUGGUCCGAGCUGGAUAUCAACCCGAGAGAAGAGUAUGCGAACAUGACGAAACGAGAGCGCAUUCACACUGCCGAUAAUGAGCGAGCUUCUUGGACAAUACUCCUCAGCGCCGUACAGCGCAUGGAGCACGAGUCGGAAACGUGGCAGAAGGGCGAAUACGAGAAUAUGCAUAAAAAUGUUGGGCCUCCCAGUGCGCUGACACCACACGACCUACCUAUGGUACCGCCUACUUUAUACGAAGCCCAUACCUUAACGGUGGCUCUUCAGCGCAAACGCAAGAGCUGGGACACGAUGCCUGCAACUGUGCUGCGCCCGUACGCAACCACUACGAUGUGCCAUCUUAUCGAGAUGCUGGCAGCACUGGGUAUCUACUGGAAGGAGUUCGACCGCAAGCGCGACCGUUAUCGUGCCGAAGGCAACGGUUUCAUGGUGUUGGGAGAAAAGGUUGCCGAUCUCGGCUUAAUGUUCAACUUCAGCAUUUACGGGCGCAGUCGUUUCGAGGACAACCGAGUGAUUCCCGUCGAUCAGGUUAAGGAGCUAUGCUUUGGUUACGUCUCGACUAUAUAUAGUGGGAUAUUGGAUAAGCGACGUCUCCAGUUUCCUGAGGACGAUCCUGAGAACUUGGCCUUUCUUCAGCUUGCAACUCGUGAGGAGAUUUCUCAAACUCUCAUUCGCAUUGGAUGCAACACCAAUGCUGUUCGCGCUUUCCAGGAUGCUGGCAAGCAUACAUCGCAUCUGUUUCCCGUCUCAUUCGAAAUCCUCGGCAUGCUAAGCCGUACUUUUCAUAUUAAGAACAGCAUGUUCACUCAUAUUCCCAAUCCGACAUCGGAUCGUUGGGAUAAGCAAUCUGUAUCGCUGGUCAAAGUGAUGGAAGCCUACGAAGAACUUGUUCCCAUCACAUUACCCGGAGCACGCCGAAACCCAGUUAUCGUCGAAAAGAUCAAGAAGCACGUCGACCGGAUUUUAGCUUAUAAUAAGGAUGAGAACAUGACCGAGAAGAUGUCCAUGCUCAAAGCACUUCAUGAUGCCAUCGACGACUGCGAUCGGAUUCUAACAGCCAAGGAAGCGAGUGGUAAUGUGACUCCUUUCGUAGAGCAGAUGGAUAAAAAAGUCCAUGAGAACGAGGUACAGAAGAAGCGGAGAGAGAUGGUGCAGGAUGUUUUGCGAUCGCACAUCCAAGAAGUUCUGCGUCUUCUCAACGACGGAGAGGAUCGUUUGUCUGAAACACAAUCCCUGCGUGCUGAUUGGAGUCCAGCAACCGGGAACCUAAGACAAGAUGGACAACCCAAGGUCAUGCCCAUCGGAUUCGAGGACAUGCAUGAGGCCAGUCCUGAUGAGCGACAGCACAAGUUUAUGGAAGUUUACUUCCACGUCAUUCGCGAAAAGGUCAUCCCUCGUGCCGCACGCUCAACGGAUCGCAGGACAAGUAUUAUUGGAGCUCCCGCUGGAUACGGUUUCCGAAGAGCAGGCACCGGUCGAACCCAGGCAAGUAGCACGCGAGGAAUGGAACGAGCUCCAUCACCCGCCCCGCCUAUGCCAGCGCCUCGUCUUCAGACCAGUAUCGAGAACAUCCCUCUGGGUCCCAUGGCUAACAACCGUCACUCAAUAUCCAGUAGACCUGGUAGCGCCGUCAGUGAUUCUCUUUCAGUGAAUAGCGAGCAGCCAAGACCAAAGCUCGAGGGUCAUUUAUAUGAGCAAGAAGUGUCACAUGAUGAUGCAUGGUGUACGUUAAUAUUCCGCAUGAUUUGCUGGCUGAUGCUUCACGACUUCAACAAGUUUGAUGUGCAGUUAAGUAAGAGUGAGCUACUAGGGAGCCGUAUGCCAGUUUACAUAUCUUGA